AAAAAACAUAUGUAUUAUCUCCAUCAAGGCCAAAGACCGAUUGGAGCUGAAACAUGGACAGUGACGUGGGAGUGAUGAACACCAGCCUCGAGAGUCCUCUGAGCCCCAGGCACCUGACUGGGUUGGGAAUGAACUGUCUUCUAAGCCAAAAGUACAGACACUCUGGGCCGGGCCUCACCAGUCCUCAGGAGUACAACCAGUGGCUGCCCUACCGUCAUGACGCCAGCCUGCUGCCCAUGAAAGAAGACCUGGCCUUCUGGCUCAACACCAUGAUGGGUGUGGACCUCACAGCAGACAGUCUGAUGGAGAGGUUGGAUAAUGGUGUUCUCCUCUGUCAGCUGGCACAGCUGCUCCAGGAGAAGAUAAUCCAUGCCAACAAUGGCAAGCCCUUUAUAAGAAGAGUGAUCCACUGGCGAGCUGAUGCAACUUCUGGAUCAUUUUUCGCCCGAGACAACACAGCCAACUUCCUUUACUGGUGUCGAAAGAUUGGCGUUGAUGAGGCUUACCUUUUUGAAUCAGAGGAUUUGGUCCUCCACAAGCAACCUCGGGAGGUGUGCCUGUGCCUGAUGGAACUGGGACGGAUUGCAGCCAGGUAUGGCGUGGAGCCUCCAGGGCUGGUGAAGUUGGAGAGAGAGAUAGAGAGGGAGGAGGCGGGUUGCUUAUCUCCAUCAUCCCCUCUGCCCCUCUCCUUUUUUCCAUCAUUGUAUUCACCAUCACAGUCAUCCCUGCCCCCAGCCCCCUCUCCUCCUCCUCCUCCUCCUCCACCUGCGCCCCUCACUCUAAGCACGACCUCUCUGUCUGAACCCCUCGCUGCCUCCCUCGCCUCUGAUCUUCCAUCAGCCACAACAAACCCAGUGCCUACAUGUUUAUCCCCUCCUCAGUCCUCCAUCUCAGCCUCUAACCCUUGUGCAACCACAGUCGCAACACAAACGCCUUUGUUCUCUUCAUCCUGCACCACUAACACAUCUGCUUCACCUCCACUGUCAGCACCCUCACCAGGCCAAACCCUGGUAUCUACUGCCAAAGUCUCUCCUACCACAGUAAACAGCCGCACUCCAACAGCUACACCUCCCCCCACCUCCCCACCAGCAGCUCAGACUCCUCGAUCCUCAAGCAAAUCCACAAGCCGGAGGAGCGCAGGCACCAACAACAUUUUGGAUGAUAUUGUGAGAAACAUUAUUGAAAACCCCCCUUGCAGCUGUCCCACCAGGUUCCUGGUUGAGAAGCAACCUAAAGGCUGCUACCGUGUUGGGGAUAAAGUUCUGUAUAUUCGGAUGCUGAAUGAGCGUCAUGUGAUGGUGCGUGUAGGCGGAGGCUGGGAGACCUUUAUAAGUUACCUGCACAAACACGACCCGUGCAGAGGAGGACCGGCCGGCAGGUCUGAGGUCAGGGUCUGUAGGUACAAAGCUAAGCCACCCAGUUUGAACAUCUCACCUGACAGCUACAUGGUGGUGGGCGCCCAUUACCGUGGCAAGAAGUAGACUCAAACUUUUGCUUCUGGCUCCUCUUGUUUAAUAAGACCAAACUGUAAAAGGUCAGUGAUUUAACAUAUAAUUCAAAUCCGUAUUGUCUCAAAUUUAAAGAGAAAUCCAACUUUUUCUAUUGAAGUUGUAGAUACGACUAGUUCUUACCUGAUCAUUAUCUGUAUGAAUUAUUCAACCUACUGUAACAGUAGGUCAGUGAAGCUACAUGACUGUAUGUAUACAAAGAUUUGUCAAUUAGCAGAAAAUUGAUAAUCAAUGAAUUGUCUCAAGAGAAAAUGCCAAACCAGCUUCCUUAGUGUGAGGAUUGCUGCUUUUCUUUGUCACACAUGAUCACAGACUAAAUAUCUUUGGGUUUUGGACAGUUAUUGAAUAAAACAAAUCUGAAUUAUAAAUUAUAACAGACUGUGACUCGUGUUAUUGUAGAGUAGUUAGUAAACAUACAGCUCCGAGUUUAUGUAUCGUGAUACUGUAGUUUGAAUUUGUAUUUUUGAGCUUUUUGGUGUUGUAUUUUUGAUAGUUUGGAUUCCUUAGUUCCAGCAGCAGUUUGUAGUGUUAAAUCCAUGCGUAGUGACUUUUAAUGUAUGGAAUUAUUUUUCCGUAUUUUACUGGAUAAAAUCUGUUUUGG